UUCCCUCACAACGUACGCAUCUCAGCCCCGGAUGUAUGACGUCAUUGAGAAAGCUGUCGCCAUCAUUGAUCCUGAUUGCCCUUUAAAGCCUUAAAUUUAAUCAAGUCCGGGCACGGGAACAUGUCUCAGCCAGGAGCAGCGGGCGGAGCGGGGGCAGCGGAGCAGGAGGGGGGCCCCAAGCCCCCCAACCCCCAGCACCAGGCUGCCUCCAAGCGGAUACAGCAGACCCAGGCACAGGUGGACGAGGUUGUGGAUAUCAUGCGCACAAACGUGGAGAAAGUGCUGGAGAGAGAUCAGAAGCUGUCGGAGCUGGACGACCGUGCAGAUGCCCUGCAGCAAGGUGCUUCGCAGUUCGAGCAGCAGGCUGGCAAGUUGAAGAGGAAGUUCUGGUGGAAAAACUGCAAGAUGUGGGCAAUCUUAAUUGCUGUCAUUGUGGUCAUAAUCAUUAUCAUUGUUGCCUGGGCUGCCAGUGGUUAGAAGCGCACGUGGGAGAGGAUUUCUGUGGGCGGCCCGCCCGGCAUGUACCACCUGCCCCUGGACGCCGCACCCGCAAGGGGCCUCGCCGUCUCCGCCGGGGAAUUCCGGGCUGCCCAAGGGGACCGUUGCGGCCGUCUGCAAGUGGAGCGCCGUACAGAAGCCUCUGGAGUCCUGCACUGUUCGCUCGAGACGCUCGCAAACUGUGGUCUGUCGGUCCGAAGUCACAACCGCGGUUCACCCUCGUCCCGACGGUGCAGAUGACCCCGCGAGCCUGGGGUCCCUGCCUUGGAUGCGCCGCCGCCACGCGGUAGAGGCGGGGAGCUGGGGCCUCCGGUGUUGCCGCAUCGUCUGGCGGAGGGUGGACCUAAAGUAAUCGGAGUAACCGGCUAGGGUGGGCGGCUGAGGCAAUGUCCGAGGCGCCUUUCCGUCUCGCGACUAACUCGUGCGUUUGGUUUCUGUGUCGUCCGCACCUUCGCUCACCCCGGAAGAACAACUGCUGUGAUUGGCGAGUUGGACGUAUUUCUCUCUCGUCUCUGUGUGGCCCUAAAUAAAAAACAAACUAGGAGGAAAACUUGCUUUCCAAAGGAGGAGACGGUUCUGUUACUUCCCUCUUUUGCCGUGCCGAAUCAUUUCCACGAGGUUUCUUCAGUGUUACAUAAAUCUGCGCGCUUUGUGGGCAUAAAUGGAUGGGAUUCACAGUCUGCCGAAGCGGCGGCCACGUAUUAUGGGAACACAACGUAAUCUGUACCAGCCUGUCCAGCGUGUCCGACCCUGUAGGAGGGCAGUGUAUAUUCUAUCUAGACUGUUUCAAGUUGUGUCUGGUAUGUGUGUGAGUGUGUGUGUGCAUGUGUGCACGCGCGUGUAUGUACAUUUGUACAGUUCUUUUUUUCUCUUUAGUUCGUCGACCUUCUUCGGUUCUUCGCUUUCCGGGGACUCGGGCAGUGUUUGAUUUCUGGAAGCAGCUUGCACGAUUCCCGCAAUGUGUUUGGUUCUUCUUGCGGAAUGCUUCCUCAGUCGGGGUUGCGGGGGAUUUUCCUGCCGGGAUGCCGAUAAGCUUGUCAACCGAGAAGAGAUAGCGGCCAUGCGUGGGAGGGGCCUCGGGUUACGACCCUUGGACGCUGGAACCACGAUAGCGCUGCCUAGGAUGCCCCUAGGGUGCCGAUCUGUGUGCGUGGUCAUACAAAUGCAAUUCUAGUUGUAUUGUGUCUGAACUUUUUUAUUUUUAUUUUUUCAUGGCAAACAUAUCUAAUAGUUGCGCUGAGAGUUUUGAAGAAUUAAUUUGGAGAGUAUGUGGGUUGCCGAGAUUUCUUUUUAUUUGAUGUUUGUUCUACCGCAGUUUCUGUCACAACCAAGUCCAACUAGCACCUGUGCUUUGGAUCAAGAACUUGUAGCUUGGAUUGUUUGAACUGGGCCUAAUAAAAUUGGCAAUUAGGUUUUUUUCUUUAACUUUUGGUGGAAGUUUUCCUACUAAACUUUUCAUGCCCCGCAGAUAUUGGGUUCGGAACUAUCGGACACAUGAUGUCACGACGGGCUAGUUUUUAGUAGGGGUGUUGAAAUUUUUAAUGAGGUUUGUGGUUCGACUGGUUUGGUGAACCUACAACCUUUUUGCAGAGUUUGACGAAGUUUGACUCAUUAACAGUGUUGCCCAGCUUCUGCACAGAUUUUGAAUUUUGGAUAAUUUAGAAAGUGUGUUUUAUUUAUUACAAAUUGAUUACCAUUGUUUAUACGGUAUAAAAUAAAAAAGAAUUGCUUUUAAUUCUUUUGUUAGUAAUGCAAAUCAGUGAAACAAUACAUCCAACAAAUAUUACACUUUUUCUCCUCCCGGUGGUAUCAGCUCGUUUUAACAUUUUUGCGUAUGUCCACGAAAGUUUAAUUUUAGUUGAACCUUUUUCAAUCUUCGCAUCAGAAGUUUGAGAAAAUCGAACUUGGUCAAACUCGAACCACGUUGGGUUCAUGACCUCCCUAGUUUUCAGUUUUCUUGAAUGGUUACGGUUGCCGGGUUUUGUUAACGUUAGUGUCGGCUCGUGAUGCUUUCGAACUGCAUAUUCUAGGAAUGGCAGACUUGUGACCAUUGUACUGAAUUGUCCGAUGACUGUAUAUAAUGUAGAGGAAGGUUAGAUUCAGCACGAGCGUCGCUUCUCCGUCGGAAGGGUUACUGUAGAAUUUGUGAAUAGGGUGGUGAACACAUUUUUGCUUUGUUCUUUAUGCACUGACCUUGUCACAUUGAAUGUGAGAAACAUCGGCUUUCGGUAUGGGGAAGCGUCUUUCUGCGUACAACAGUGUAACCAAAAUCCUUAAAUGCACCGUGUAGCGUGCACAAUUUGUGUAUAUGUGCGCGUGUGGCUGAGCAAAUUCUGCAUGUGGAAGCUCCCCACUGGUAUUCUGCAUGCAAAGGGACGUCAUUCGAGAAGGAGGUUGACAUGGGCAUAACUGCUUUAAAAGACACGGUUGAGUCUUGUGCUAUAUUAGUGCUUUUCCGACAGUAGAGGGGCGAAGGUUUGAGGCUAGGACCGUUUCGUCUGUGCCCGGCACGCAACAAGAAUGGGACGUUCCCGCGCGAGGGAGUCGUCCUAGCGUACUAGUGGUGCACGCUAUGCCACGCCACACCACGGCGCAGUGGAUUCACUCGGAAGCCGUGUGUUUAGGUGAUUGCGAAUGGAGAGUGUGGAAAGCAAGUGUCGUUUCCCCGCGGUACUCGCCGGUGUCUGUCUCGCGCUCUCGCCACUCGUCACUCUCGAGUGUCCUUCCACAAGAAACCACUACUACCACUGUAUAGCUGCCUAUACUACAAAUCCAUGUAAAUGUGCGUAUAAAUAUAGCAUAUACAUGGCGUGCUCGCACGUGUGUAUGUAAGCAUAAGUGUGUUCCUGUCGGUGGUUCAGAGGACUACUCCUGGGCCUGGGUUCCUUUGUUCAUUCUGUCGCUGCUUUGUUCCGAGGAGAGAGUCUGAAGCAAGGUGUUACGACAAUGUUGAUUAUUUAAAAUAUAUUACGAGGAUAGUCUUGAGAAACAGUAAUAAAAGCACUAGCCUUUGAAUCUUU